AUGCUCUCGGAUGCCAAUUUCUUCGAUUUAAAAGAGGAACAAGUUAAAUUAUUUAAACAAAUUUAUGGGCAAGAUCAAAGGCCAAAUACCCCAAUUUUACAACAAUUGGUGGAGGCGACAGGGUUAAAUAUUCGAAUUGUCCGCGCCUGGUUUCAAAAUGAACGGAGGAAGGACAGAAAGUGUGUAGAGGGGAUUUUGAAGUUGUUGGAGGAACGACGACGACAAGAAAAGGAGAGAAAAAGACAGCAGAAAAAGCUCUCCACUCAAAAAACUCCAAAAGAGGAUUCUUCAAGUUCUGAUUUAACAGAAUCUGACAGCACCAUCACUUCGGGUGACUGUUCCAGUAGUUCUUCAAAUUUUUCAGAGGAUAGUAGCGAUGCCGACGACAACAAAAACAUCAAAAAUCCAAGCGCAACAACCGAACAAAUUAAACUAGUAGAGAAAAGUGUUUGUAGCACUAGCCAACAACAACAAACAUCAAAACAAAAUCCUCUACAAUACAAAAAGAAUAGUAGAGGGUGUGUUUAUUGGGGUAUUUUGAUACUUUGUUUGGUUGCAGUUUUGUCACUAAUAUUUAUUUUUUUUUUGUCCGUUACUGGAGCAGAAACUAGUUCCUCUCUAGAACGAGAACAACAAUCAACUUGUAUUAAACUUUGUGGUCAGCUAUAUUAUUUUUAA